AUUUCACGGCGAUGCCGUUGCUUUGUCGUCUAUCUGCCCUUGUUCACCAACCUCCCAGCGCAGCCAGAAGCUCGAGAUACGAGAUCGCUUGACAGCCUGAGCCAACGUGUAAUCUUCUAGCGCGGUAGUCAAGCGUCGAUUCAGAACCGGCCUGCUUUGUGUGGAGACACCCGGGCCCUCUCAAGCAUUUUAAUUUUUCCCAUCGCCAUCGAUCUAGCUUCGUAUUUAGACCACCGCCUCAUCCUUCCCUCCCGUUCCACUCUUGAUGUCGUUCUGGUCUGGACUCGUCAGCACAAUGACCGUCGUCACACGCACCCUGACCUACUCGGCUGGCGCCUCUUUCCUGGUCCUGUCGCUGCUCUCGCCGCGCUCCCGCCGCGCUCGCCUCUACCUCAACGUGCUCCUCUAUGUCCUCUCGCUCGGUAUCUGCUCCGUCUGGGGCGUGCUCGUCUCGCUGCCCAUGUCGCUCUCGGAAAAGACGCGGCUCAACAUCAACUGGCUCGUCGCGCGUUCGUUCCAUCUCAUCGCCGGCAACCUCACUGGCCUCAAGUUUAAGGUUGAGGGUGCGGAGAACUUCCAGAAGGCGAGGCCAGCCGUGCUGGUCGGCAACCACCAGACCGGCAUCGAUAUCCUGUACCUCGGCAAGAUCUUCCCCAAGUUUGCAAGCAUCAUGGCCAAGCAGGAGCUCAAGUACGCGCCUCUUCUCGGACAAUACAUGAGCCUUUCCGGCGCCGUCUUCAUCGACCGCAAGAAUCGCCACGACGCAGUCAAGGCUUUCGAGCAGGUCGCAGAAGCUAUGAAGACCAAGGGUCUUUCGUUGUGGGUCUUCCCAGAGGGCACGAGGAGCAACCUUCCGUUCCCGGACCUGCUUCCCUUCAAGAAGGGCGCCUUCCACCUCGCUGUCCAGGCGCAGGUGCCCAUUGUGCCUGUCGUCUGCGAGAACUAUCACCGGUACUUUGACGGCAAGACGAGGUUCGAGAGCGGCACCGUUCGCAUCAAGGUUCUGCCUCCCGUCGACACAAAGGGCCUCAAGGCCGAUGAUGUCACUGAUCUGACGACGAGAGUGCGUGAGCAGAUGCUGUCUGCGCUGCAGUCGAUGGAUCGCGAGCUUGAGAGGGCAGACGUGUCGGAGUCGACGUCCGCUGCUGCCAAUGCUGCUGCGGGCGGUCCCAAGGCGCAACCGCCUUCACCUACACGGCUCGGAGGCAUUGCAAAGCUGGCCUCGUACCUUGUCGGGACAGGCAAGGGACCGGAUGUGGCGGCCGAGGCGAGAGAAAAGCGAGAGAAGCUCAUCAAGGCUGGCAAGUCUGGAGAGGAGCCAGAAGACUUCAACCUCCUCUCCGAGUCGGACAAGGGACAGACUUCUGCCGUGCAGCAGCCAAAGGAAGGAGGCAACGUGGGCAGCCUCGACGCGGGAAUCGAUAUCAGGGCGAGAGCGGGUGCAGACAACAAGACGAGCGCGAGCAACACAUCUGACGAGACCGACGAGGGCGCCGUCUUUGUCAAGCGUCCUUGAGCAUGUGGCGGAGCUUGGGUCUUCAAUUCUUGAUCUUCCUGCCUAUCUUUACCGUCCACGCUUUUUGUGUAAAGUCUAGGUCUUCUUCAAAGUCAUAAAUGGAACAGAGAAAAGACUACCGUACGGCUCUGUUGCAUGCACUUUCAUACGCUGCUGUCGAUCAAGACGAUGGAGCGUGGACGAUGUGGGGGAGCGGGGGGUUCGUGGGCAUAUGACUUGUUUUUCGAGAGUGGGCAUUUGUGACUUGUUCGAGAGUGGGCAUUUGUGACUUG